AUCACCACACUUCUCUCACAUUCUCUCAAGUUCCAAGCUUUCUUUAAUGGCGAUUAUCACAGAAGAAGAAGAGGAUCCAAAAACCCUAAAUCCACCGAAGAACAAACCUAAAGACUCUGACUUUACGAAAUCUGAAUCAACUAUGAAGAACCCUAAACCCCAAUCUCAAAACCCUUUCCCAUUUUGGUUCUACUUUACAGUAGUCGUCUCACUAGCCACAAUCAUCUUCAUAUCUCUCUCUCUGUUCUCUUCUCAAAACGAUCCAAGAUCUUGGUUUCUCUCACUCCCACCAGCUCUUCGUCAACAUUACUCAAAUGGACGAACAAUCAAAGUCCAAGUAAACUCAAACGAGUCACCAAUUGAAGUCUUUGUAGCUGAAUCAGGUUCGAUUCAUACAGAGACUGUUGUAAUCGUUCAUGGGUUAGGUCUAAGUUCGUUUGCUUUUAAGGAAAUGAUUCAAUCUCUUGGAUCAAAAGGGAUCCAUAGUGUUGCUAUUGAUUUACCUGGAAAUGGGUUCUCUGAUAAGUCAAUGGUAGUGAUUGGUGGAGAUAGAGAGAUAGGGUUUGUGGCUAGAGUUAAGGAAGUUUAUGGUUUGAUUCAAGAGAAAGGUGUGUUUUGGGCUUUUGAUCAGAUGAUUGAAACUGGAGAUUUGCCUUAUGAGGAGAUCAUAAAGCUUCAGAAUUCGAAAAGGAGAAGCUUCAAAGCUAUCGAGUUAGGGAGUGAAGAAACUGCUAGAGUUUUAGGUCAAGUGAUUGAUACUUUGGGUUUAGCUCCUGUGCAUUUGGUUCUUCAUGAUUCAGCUUUAGGGUUAGCUUCGAAUUGGGUUUCUGAGAAUUGGCAAAGUGUUCGAAGUGUAACUCUUAUUGACUCUAGUAUUAGUCCAGCUUUGCCGUUGUGGGUUUUGAAUGUACCGGGGAUUCGAGAGAUUUUGUUAGCGUUUUCGUUUGGUUUUGAGAAGCUAGUGAGCUUCCGGUGCUCAAAGGAGAUGACUUUAUCGGAUAUUGAUGCUCAUAGGAUACUUUUGAAGGGAAGAAAUGGGAGAGAAGCUGUUGUUGCUUCGUUAAACAAGUUAAACCAUAGCUUUGACAUUGCACAAUGGGGUAAUUCAGAUGGGAUUAAUGGUAUUCCGAUGCAAGUGAUUUGGUCUAGUGAAGCGUCUAAAGAAUGGAGUGACGAGGGGCAACGUGUAGCUAAGGCUCUUCCGAAAGCAAAGUUUGUCACACAUUCAGGCAGCCGGUGGCCUCAGGAAAGCAAAUCCGGCGAGCUUGCAGAUUACAUAUCAGAAUUUGUCUCUCUCCUCCCUAAAUCCAUCAGACGGGUUGCUGAAGAACCUAUCCCUGAGGAAGUACAGAAAGUGUUAGAAGAAGCAAAGGCUGGUGAUGACCAUGACCAUCAUCAUGGCCACGGGCAUGCCCAUGCUGGUUACUCGGAUGCUUAUGGUCUUGGUGAGGAAUGGACUACUACUUGAUAUGCCUUUUGAAGUUCUUGUUAUUAUUUUACGAUGUACUCUUAAUCUUAUGACUAUUUUGAGAUUUUUCUUUUGGGAGUUUAAAGUCUGAGAUACUACUUCCAAAUAUGAAUCUGUGUUUUGUACUUUUUGUUUGUAAGUCAUCAAAUUUCAAUAGAAAAAUAUCUUAAAGUCAUCAUAUUUUUAAAUAUC